AUGGGGAGUGAAAGCGGCAGCAUAAGCUGCGGCGGCGGCGCGGAGGUUCGGCAAGUACCGCCUGUACACACGAAGAUUGUUCAGAGCUUGAAGGAGGUUGUGAACAACGGUAACUAUACCGAUUCCGAUAUCUACGACGUUCUUCGGGACUGUGACAUGGACCCAAACGCCGCCGUCCAGAAGCUGCUAUCCCAAGAUAUUUUUCGUGAGGUGAAAAGCAAACGUGAAAGAAGAAAAGAGAUGAAGGACACACAGGACUUAAAGAGCCGGGACAACAGUAGUCAUCUUGAAGCUAGAGUUAAUGCUCACCGUAGUAUAGGAGAGGUUCAAUCACAAGCCAGCUAUAAUGAGCUUGGUAAAGCUUCAUACAGGAGAGAUAAUGGGUCUGCAAGUCCUGUCUUACCUUCAUCUUCUUUGACAUAUGAAGUGAAAACUCCUGUGGACCGGCCUUCACCUCAUAGUGAUUCAUUUGAAGAUAAGAGCGCUAGUAAGAACAUAAGGCUUGUUGAUUCAUCUGCACAAAGUCCUCUAGCUUCUCAAUCCGAUUGGCCAGGAGGUUCAUCCGGACAUGUUUCCAAGGCCGACAUUGUUAGGGUGCGAGGGCCUCAAACAAAGGGAAGGAGAGCUCAUUUAGCAUCUAUAAGCAGUUCGCCUGAAAUAUUACAGAGUGCCGAGGGCUUGCAGCAGCUGAGUUUGGAGGAGAAGCCUGCAGAGGUUACAUCAGAGAACAAACAUGGCGUGGUGUUUCCAAACUAUAUGCAAGCUUUUGCUGCCGACUGCUCACAUUUGAGCUUUGGAACAUAUAAAUCUAGGGUGCAACCUUCAAUGUCUGUGCCUGCAAUGUCUGAUUCAGUGAGGAGCAACUCAUUUGCAGCUACAGAUAGUCCACCUUCUGUGAAUUUAGGGUUCCCUGGUGAUUCGUUGAGUCCUGAUCAUCUUGAGUCUAUGAGGAAUGUUUCCCAGUUGGCUGAUGGUGCUACAAACCGUAGCUUUCCAUCACAUUUACAUCCAGAGUUGAUACAGGGGAGUAUUCCUGGAGCUUCUCAGCAAGAUGAAUAUUUCUCUCAGUUGUCUAUGCACGAUUCUAGUUCUAAGAAAUUCCUAGACCACAGUACUUCAUCAUCUAUUAUGAUGCAUCCAAAUGCUCUGAGUGCUCCUACCCUCCAUCAAGAACUGUGUAUGAAUUCCAAGACCUUGCCUAUUGAGUUUUUGGCUGCUAAUGUGGAAUCUGCGAGAAACUUUGAUGACCUGCUUUCAGCAUUUGGCUCAACCCAUCAAAUCCCCACUUCACACUAUGGAAGUAUUCCACCAUCAACUGGUAGUUCAUCCAUUUUGAUUCCGGAGAUUCUGAACUCUACUGCCUAUGGCUUACCAACAUCUUAUUCACAGGAGUUUCCUGGCAGUAAUCUUCUCAGGGAGCCUGCACUGUUGCAGCAUGUAACAUCACAACCGUUCUCCCAGCCUGCUCUGAGCUCGGAAGAAGUGGCAAAGUUGACUGGAUAUCCAGCUCUCUCUCCAAAUUAUGUUCACAGUUCCUCAUUCUCUUUGCAGCAGCAUGCAUAUGAAGAGACUUCAUUCCUUAAUUUGGCAAGGACAAAGAACCUCAAUCAGUUCAAGGGGGAUGGUUCUCGGAGUAACUUUCCUCAGCCGGAUGCUGCUGAUGUUUCUGGUUAUGCUGGAUUUGGGAGGCAGUCCAACUAUAGAGGGAAGUUUCCUCGUGAUUUAUCCUCCAAUCUUUCUGCUUCUGCUGUCGGAUAUGGUGAUACUUUGCGCACUUCAUUUACUGGUGGAAACAAUUUAUCCUCGCUCCAACAGAAUGACAUUUCUUCUCCAUGGGAGUAUGGGCCAGAUAAAGCAACUUUAUCAGCCAUUCCAGACAACCAGUAUCACAGUUUACACGGAUAUAGUCAAUUUCUUCCAAGAUAUAAUAAGCAAGAACAGCAGCAGCAUUCCCACGAUUAUGGUGCUCUUGGAUAUGGCAGCUCAUAUCCUUCUCAAGGAAGGACAGUCCAAGAACAAUGGAUCGGCGCUGGUAGUGUUAAUAGUUUCCCAGAUCCUUCAUCCAAGCAGCAAAAAAUUUGGGGGCAAAACUACUGA